UGAUAAAAACGCAGUCUUUGCAAUUGUUCUCUUCUAAUAUGAGUUAUUCGAGAACAUACAGGAAUUCAAACGGUGUCGGUGCCUACAGGACAAACUUAAACGAAGGACAAAAUGAACGCCAAGGUGCUACCGGAAGCCAAGCGGAACAACCACAACAAGAAGAAACGGCCGCGCCGAGCCUAGAAAGAGUUAACAGGAGAGAUGGAUUCACCAUGUUUAGACCAGACGAAAAGAAGAGGGCUCAUUUGACGGAAAUGGCUAGGAGGGAAGAAGAAGAUGCAAGGGCUCACAGAGAGGCCAGACGUGUACGACAUGUUCAUGAAAGACCUGCCAGAGUGGGUGGUACAACUGGGUACUCCACAGUCGUGAAGCAGAAACAGAAGGCUGUUACAUCAGCAAGCAAAGGGCUAGAAAUGCAGAAAAAACGAGAACAAUGGCAGAGAGAGAAGAGGGAAAGAGAGGAGAAAGAACUUCAAGAAAAGAAGGCAAAAGCAAGGGCUCAGUCAGAGAGGAAUGAAGCUCUGAGGGCUGUUAGAGCUCAGGAAGCCAUGGAGCGACACAGGAAUGACCACAGAUCGAAGAAUCAAGAAUUUCUGGAUAGACUUGAGAGAGGAAGUGAUAGAUACAAUUAUUAUUAAUGAAAAGGGUGUGUAUUGACUCUCCUGUGGACCUUGUUUAGCUUCUUCUCAGCAUGUUUUUUUUGGGAAAUUUGGUUUGAAACAUUGAACACCAGACAGGACCAUGUUUGAAAUUUUUUAUUAUUAUUUCUAAACAUAUUUACUUGAGUUAUUCAUAUCCCUCCCACCCUAAAUGCAUUGUGGCAUAGCACUUCUUACUGCCAGACAAAUCAGAUUACCAGUAGUUCAAAUGGUGAAUCCUGAUUAAACAAGUUAUAUGUAUGCACAGAAAGGUAAAUAAUUUUGUUAAAGAAAAAGAACAGUGUACUACAUUAGACUAGCUACUUAAUUUACACAAUUGCUUUCUGAUGGUCUAUCAAA